GUGCAACUAAGGCACAACGUAGGCCUACUAACUUACAGUGCUGAGUGUCAGAACUUAUCAGUGUACGUUAUUAAAUCCAACCACAGUAAUAAAUCUUAAAGACGGUGCCCAGUGAACGUAGGGCCUACUCCUUAUUUCACUUUACAUUGCAUACAAUUUACACUAUUUUUCUCCGAUUAGUUGUAUGAGUUGAGCAGAAACGCUUGCGUUGCGUUUAAUUUAAGUUAUAAUUAGGCUACACGAUCCAGGUGAAGCAUUGGUGUUGGCUUUAAAAAGUAGUGUAAAUUUUAAUUUUAAUUGGAGAUUCAGAUUGAACUUGAAAGCUAUUUGGUUUAUUAGUCACCUUUAGUUCUGAUUCAUUACUAUUACUUUACUUUACUACUUUUACUGAAUAUCUUUACUUCUGUUUAGCCGGGUCCAAUUCAGGUAAAUUCAUUUCAUUAAUUUUUUUUCUAUUAUCAAGUAGUUCUAUUUAGUUACUAAUAAAACAUAAUGUUAUAUUUAUAAUUUAUAUAAAUAAUAAUAUUAUUUUAAUUUUACUUAUCCAUUUCACACUGCUACAUUAUAACUAUGUUUGACAAACUAGUAGGUUAAUAAUAGUAGCUAACCUUGCCCAUGUCCAUAGUUUUUAGGAGACUGUAACAGUAGUAACACCACUAGAUCUAUUUUUAAGUAUGAAUAUGAAGUAUCUAAAACAUGAAAUGCUUAGGCCUAAUAAAAGAUGUUCCUUUAACUUUAUAUUUUUGCCUUUGCAGUUAAUAUUAUAAAAUGUAUUAAUCUUAUAUUUUAUAUUAACUGGUCAGUGUGUGUAAAAACUUUGAAAACCACUUAUCUGUAUCUUAUCAAUUCAAAAUAAUAAUCUUUAAAAAAUUCAGAACAGUGGCUUUUUAUAGUACUUUUUUAAAAAGUCUUUUUAUUUAAAUGUAUAAAAGAUAAUUGAUCAUUUUUUAAUGCUGAAAAUAUGACCAAAAAUUCUGAAAUGUUCUUAGAAAGGUCACUCAUUAUGAUAAAGAAAUUAAAAGAACAAAAUGACUUAAACAGUUCUCACAUUUCCUGUAAAAGUUGUAUUGUAGCAUUGGACAUUUUUUGAACCCUAGUCUUUAUUUAAAUUUUUUCAUGCUCAUUUAUUAGCUGAUAAACAAGUUUUCUUUGAAAAAGCAAGUAAAAACUUUAACUCUGCAAAGGACAUGCUGCCUUCAAAAAAUCUUUCAUUAAAUGUUAAAUUUAAGUUUUAUGAUGCAAGACAGGACCUUGUGGAAUGCAGGUUUUAUUCACCAAUCUUGAUUUAGCUUCAUUACAAUGAUAAAUCUUGUAAGGGGUAAAACAACCAAUAAGGAGCCAUCCAUAAAUGACUUCAGGUAAAUUUUGCUGAUUUUUAACCCUCCCCGCCUCCCCUCAAAGGUCUCAAAUAUAAUUUCGCAAACCUCUGAACUCCUCAAUCUAAAAAAUCCCCCUAUCCACUGCUGUCCUUUACAACCCUUGUAUAUUAAAUUACUUACUUCACCUGUAUUAGGUUUUUAAAUGGGAUGUUACAUUGCUUAACCCCACCCCCCCUUUUUCACACAUCAUCACAAAAAUAUGUGCUCCACCCCACCUUUCCUAGUCGUGAGGCGUCAUUUAUGGAUGGCCCCAACCAACAAAAAUUUACAAUUUUAAAUUAAACUCAAUUUUCCAUAGAAAAAUGUUUUGGGCAUUUUUAAAAAGUUUAAUAAAAAAAAAAAAAGUGAUUUAUAAAAAGCCAUCACCACUCUACUAUUUUUGUAGCAAUAUUUAAUGUUUUAACCCUUGGUUAGAUGAAUUGAAAGUCAAAUCACGAGAGGAAAUAACUCUACAAACAACUAUAAUGACCAUAUGAUUAAUAAAUAAAUAGCAGUUUUAAUCUCAUCUGAAACAGACCUGUUUACCCUCAAACUCUUAAAAUCGUACAAUAUCAUCGCAAAAUCGUUCAAUACCUUAUAUUUAAAGUAAAAAAUAAACAUACGGUAUAUAAUGUUUACACCUCAAAAUCGUACAUUGGACGCCAAAAUCGUAAGAGUAAACAGGUCUGCUGUAAGUCUCCUAACAUCUUAAGUCUUCAAUGACUUGUAAGUCUUUCUAUCUCCUUUGAUUGGGAGCCAUUCAUUUCCAUUGUCCUUCACUAAAGUAAUACAACAGGGGUCUGGCAUAUGGGUUGAAGCAGGUGACCCACCCUUACUGCACUUUAAUUAUGUUUAUUACCAAAAUGAUAUAAUAGAUGAUGUGUGUGGUGGGAUGAUGCUGGGAGUAACUGGAUACCAGACAGCGCUAUUCUUCUUAUAGCUUACUUAUUAUAUUUUUAAUAUUAUAAAUACAAAUUUAAAUGUGUGUCAAUUCUUUUUUAAGUACUCUCUUUUACCCACAGUGAAAUAAAAUGGUGCUGAGAAAAACCAAGUUUGUAAGUACAUAUUUUGUUAAAUUUAUUUAAUUUGUCUAUGUCUAUGUGAUAACUAUUAAUGAUUUUAAGAUAAAGUAUUUAAUACAGGGCGGCCCCAAAAAAGUGAGAGAAUCUCAUAGCAAAGGGUUAUUUAAUAUAAUUGAAUUAAUAUAAUGUUUUGUCAUUUAUGCCCACCGGAAAUUGUCAUGAUAAUGACAUAUAGUUUAUAUAAGUACAUAAAUAAAUUAGUAAAUGGAUACAGUUAAUUGGACACUUGUAAUGUGAAUGCAGUAGAAAUAAGUUAAAAUGCAGAUUUAUUCCCAAAGUCAUAAAAAUGUAUCACUUGCUUUCCUAAGCCUCAAUAUUGGAGCAAUUCAAAACUUAUUCAAUUUUAAACAUCGCCAUAAGAUGUGUGUAAUAAUUUCUCUUGUUGGAUUAGAAAAUAAUUUUUUUCAGCAUAACCCUGACUUCACUUACAUACCUGGUGGCCUCAGCGUAGGUGCAAAUAUUGUAGUCAGAGGUAGAGUGCCAGAGGGAUCAGACAGGUAAUAAAGGUGGAUUUUAAAAUACUCAUGAAUUCAAUUAUGGAGAUAAUUUGGCCAAAACCACUCUUCUUCCUUUUAUUAAGUAAAUUAAAAAUGAUUUAUUUGAUAAGCGGAGAGUUUCAUGGCUAAGUCUUUUAACUUAAAAUUCUAAAAUAUAUUUUAAUACCGUCAACAUGAAAUAAAUUACACAAUAUUUGAAAGGUAUAAGAAUUUUACUAAAAUUUUCAUUUAUUUUAAGUCAAAUCAAAGUGUACUUCCAGUCUGCUUAUUAAAAAUAUACAUUUAUUCUCAGAUUUAGCCUCAACUUACAAAAAGAUGAUGACGAAGGUUGUGACAUAGCUUUUCACUUCAAUCCUCGCAUUUUCUUGAAGACUGUUGUCAGAAAUUCAUACCACGGUGGCUGGCAAGGGGAAGAGCUGGACAUCCCAUUUUUUCCUUUUGCUCAUGGCUCCAAGUUUACCAUCCGAAUCAAUGUUGGACCAACUGCCUACUCAGUCAUGGUCAAUGGAAAGUUUUUUAUACAGUAUAACCAUCGCCUGCCUUUCCAAGAGGUCAGAUAUAUGAGACUUUGUUCGGGGGCUGAGUAUUAUGAGGCUACCAUCCAAAAUCCUUCAGUGAGUAUAAAGUUUAAGCCUUAUUUUGCUAGAGGUAUUUAAAUCAAAUAUUUUUGGGUGGCAGAAAUGAAGUCAGUUUGUUAAAAAAAUUGUUGAUACAUAUUUAGUACACUUUAAAUAAACGAAAACAGUUGUUUUUUAUGAUUUAAAAAAAAAAAUUAUUAUCAUCCCACAAAAAAGAAAAUAAUUUUCAAUCCGGUUUUGAAUUGAUUUUAACUAAUUUUUAUCAAAUUGCUUAUGUUUUAUAAUAUUAAUUAUUUAGAUGUAUCUUUAUGGGCUUUGUUUUGUUCAGAUAAAUAAUUGUAAUGAAACUGUAAGCCAACAAUUUAUGAUUUUUCUGUGUAAAUGAAAGGAGGUUUAUAUUUUUUAAUGGAAAUGAUAUACGCUAAAUGUGUGUAGAGAAAAAAUAUGUGCAUAAUUUGUAGGAUCUCCUUUCCUUUUUGCAAGAAGUGCAUAAGGGACUGUCACUUUGAUAGGUGCUUAGCUGAAACAUUCAGCCUUUAUUGUCCUGUCUUUCUAUUUCAAGACUACACAUACCUUACACAUACCUUUUUCUGCUAUUUCCUUCACACAGUUUGAACUUUGUUAUUCUUUUAUUGUCAUUGCUCCCUUUGUUUGUUUGUUGUUUUUCAUUUUUUUUAGAGCUCCACGCCUAUUCUUUACACUAGUUUGUGUCAUUUGAAUCUUCUGAAUUAUUUCUCACUCUCUUUCAAUCUAAAAUAUAAAAAAAAUAAUAAAUAGUGUUCAGAAAUGUAAAGGUAGAACUCCCUCCAAAAGAAAUAAUUUAUCUAAUGCAUCUAAUUUUUAAUAUUAAAAUCUUCACCCCAAUGAUUGCGAUUUACCAGUUAUAAAUUUUAAGUUUUUGAUAAGACACAUACAUUAAUUUCACUUGUAUCCUAGACAACAAGCCAUAAAAGUCAAUUGUACAAAAGUAAUUUAUGCCCUGCCCUUAUCUUUAGUGUGUUGUCAUGUCUAUCUCCAGGCUGCAAAAAACAACAUAGUUUGGUCAGGAAUAUUUUCAGAACAUUCUUUUUAAAGGAAAAGCAACUUGACUUUGCUCAUUGUUAAACUUUUUUUUGUUUGUUUUUUUUUUGUUGAAAGUAAUUUUUGUUCUUUCGACAGCAUCUUCCAUUUAAAGGUGAAAUAACUGGUGGCUUGAAGCCUGGUAAGGCAUUCAGAGUUAGAGGACUUGUCAAUGAUAAUGCUAACAGGUAAAUAUUUUAUUUCUUGAUGACAAAAUAAAGUAAAUAAAAUAAUAAUAUAAGGAUGUAACUAAAUUCUAUGUAUUUUCCUUUGUAAAACAGAUUUGCUAUCAGUUUCAAUGCUGAUCUGGAUGGCAACACUGUGGGUAUUUUAUUCAACCCACGGCAGGACCAGGAGGAUGUUGUUCUCAACUCAAAAGUCGGAAAUUGGCAAGCUGAGGAAAGAGGACAGGGGUGGUUUCCUUUCAAAAAGGGGCAAUUCUUUGAUGUUCUAUUUGUGUCAUGGGAUGGAAAAUUCAACGUAAGAUUUUGACAGUGGGAACAUUAAAUUUAAAUACGUUUUAUCAAUCAGAUUUUAUAAACUAUGUACUUGAAUCCAAUAUUUUGAGGAUGACAGAUUUAUAAAUUACAAUUUUAAAUUAGAUACACUGGUAUGUUUUUAAAUUAUAAAUGAUUUUAUAUUUUCUCAGAGUUGUCUUUUUGAAAGAUAAUAGCAGCUCGAGCUGUUCAGUAUAAAAUCAUAAACUGUAAACUAUCAUUUACUUCUUAUAUUCUUUAAAGACAUAACUUUUCAUGUAACUUUUUAUUUGAAGGGACAAUAUGUCAUGAAUACAAAUAUACAAUAAUAUUGAAAAUGAAAAUAUUAUUUUGCAUCUCAGAAUAUCUUUUAACUACAAUCAAGUUGUAUAUAUGCACAGAUUUAUGUUGAAGAAAAACUAUUUACAUCGUACAAAUUCCGUAUCCCUCCUGAAGACGUGAAGUACCUGGACAUCAGUGGAGAUGUGACCAUCAUGGACGUUGAGUUCAUUGACCCUUUGGUAACUUCCUAUUCAACAAGACUCUUAUUUGUGUAUGAAUUUGUAUAUCUUUGACUGCACACGGUGUAACCCCCUUUUUUCUUUCUGAAAUUCCCUUUCAAUUUCAAACCCUUGCAGACUGGUUAAUGUUAGAGAGUGAUGGGGGGGGGGGGGGGUGUGCAGAGUUCAACGAAUCAGGCAAAUCAUAUUUGUUAUGCAGCCUAGAAUCGACAUUCAAUGCCAAACAUAUUUGUUGGUUUCUUUUUUUAAAUUUAUGAAUUGCUUGUUAUAUAGUGGAUAUCUAAAGGUUGAAAAUUAAUUUCUUUUAAAGAAAUUGAAAAAAAUACCAUAUUAAGUGUUAUUUAGAGUGUUUUUAACUUUCCUGUUUAAGGUUUUUGUUCUUAAUUUUUCCUUCUUGGGUAUUUUCCUUGUUUUUUUAACUUAUAUGUUCAUCAUUAGUUUAAUUGUUAAUGAAUACCCUCGUCCGUCUUCAGCCAAAUGACUAUAUCAAAGAUAUUCCAUCAGGACUUGAGAAGAGUGACCUUGUUGUUGUUAAAGGUUUCUUUUUUCCAGAAGGCAACAGGUAGUUCAAGAAAUUCUAAAUAUUUAUUAUUAAAAUUCAAAUAUUUCUUUCUUUAUUUGCAUUACCAUUGGGCUAUAACUUAUAACACAAAGCAUUUGGUAUUUAUCACUAUAAAACAAAAAUGCAAACUGGAUUGAUAUACUUAGUAGUCUCAGCUACCAAUUUUUUUUAGUACCUGAAUUUCGCAUCUAUGUUUCUAGCUUACAGUAAAACUAUGUUCAUAUGCAAGAGAAUUUGAAGGCUCAAAAUGAAGAAAAUUCAGUUUUGUGAAGUCAUUUUAGUUUUAGUGAAAAAAAAUUUAACUUCUACUCAUUGUGUUAUACUUAUUUAAGAUUACAUUUUUUUUACUUAAGAUUCUCUGUGAACCUUCUGUAUGGAACAUCCCUUGAGGAUGACAUUGCACUACACUUUAACCCCCGGCGUGACCAACAUGAAGUUGUCCUUAACAGCCGGGUCAAUGGCAACUGGGAGAAAGAAGAAAGACAUCCUCUUCCUAACCCUAUGCUUGAAUUGUUGCCUUUUGAGGUGGAGAUUGUUAACAAAUCUAAUAAAUUCAAGGUACCAAAGAUUAAGCUAUAUAAACAAUACUAGUGCUUUAUGGUCUUGGUUUAAAUUAACAUCUGCAAAUGUCUAUUCUAGGGGAAAUAAUAAAAAUAUAUAUUUACAAGAAAGAUAUGAACCACUGAGAACCACCAUAUUAUCUCACUAUAGAAUAAUUGUGAUGAAAAAAUUAAAAGAUAUAAAAUUAAAAGUGAAAGUCUGCCAUGUUAAACAACUCCUGCCUAAAAAGUAUUUUCUGUUAACCCUCCCAUUUGCUUACGCAAAGUAUGAGACAUUAUUUCCUUUUGGAGUAAAAUUUACAUGUUAUUUAAAUAAAAAGAAAUUAUCAUAAGAGAUUUUAUAAGUUCUAUCUUUGUUGCAGAUUUACGUCAAUGGUAAACAGUUUACCAGCUUUGUAUCAAGAGGGGAGAUAGAAAAAAUUAAAGGGAUCAAUGUUUGUGGAGAGGCUCACAUUUAUGAGGUCAAGCUGCUCAGGAGAGUUGUGAGUACUUAAGUUCUAGGCCUCAGUGAGAAGAAAUUCGGGUCAAUAACAUUUAUUACACCAGGGGUGGCCAAUCCAAAAGGCUUGACGUGCCACCUUGAUGGCGAGUAAAGUGUUCAUGGGCAGCAUUUCCUUACACCUUUUAUUAAAAUAAAAACCUACUACAUGCUGUUAACAAAUCUCUUCUUAAUGCACAUAAUGAAAUGGUAAAUACCAAACAGAAUAUAACUCAACUCAUGUGAUAUUGAUUUCCCUGUGUAUACUUUCUCUCGAUAUCUUUUUAGCAUUGAUUGCUCUGUCCAUUGAAUGAAAAACAAAUAAAAUUAUUGAUGAUAAAUCAGGCAUCAGCUGGUCGCAAUAUUUGACGUAAUUGACUUCAUGGGGCACGCCGGGUCGGCCACUUCUGUAUAACACCUUUAUUUGUUAAGUGUUCAAUAAUUCAGAAAAGGAAUUCUAGGUGGAAAAUAUUCAAGAAAAUACCAAUACUUAUUUUCAAAUGAUUUCAUUCCAUUCAUUACUUACAAAACUCAUUAGAGAAUAAGUAUUCAUUAAUUUGAUGAUCCAUGUCGCUACAUGCAAUUUUUCCUUUUUUUAAAGUAAAAAAUCUUUUGAAAAACUAAAUAGCUUUCCAUAUUGAUUUUUUUAUUUUGGUCUUCUUUAGGAACAACCCUUUGUAGACAGUCUUCCAGGCCCUCUUCAGCCAGGUGCGUGGGUGUCUGUGAUUGGAACACCAAAAAAGAAAUCUGACACCUUUGCUGUCAACCUUCAAUGUGGUGACCACCCUGACUAUGGUUGUGAUGUGGCCCUGCACUUCAAUGCUAAAUCUAAAAGUGCAGAGGUGGCUUUGAAAACUCUGAAGGAUGGCGACUGGGAAAAUAAGCAAAAAGAAAAGAAAAACUUUCCAUUUGAGCCUGAGGAUAAAUUUGAAAUCCAUAUUUUGAGACUGCCUGAUGUUUUUAAGGUAAGUUAAGGAUGGCUUAGUCCUUAGAUCAGUGAUUCUCAAAUUUUGUUUCAUGCAUCAUUACUUUGCUCCAGAUGAUGCAAAGAGUUGUAACAAUAAAUAAGCCAAUAACAAAAAGCAUAUACUAGAUACCAUUUGCAUUACCGAAAAUGCACUUGAAUUUUUAGACAUGGGGGGGGGGGUGUGUUAUAAAUUCCAAAAGUUUGAGAACUCUUAAUCAGUGGUUUCCUACCUGUUUGACUCACCAAGCAGCCCUUUUUAGAAUCCAUUUCUAUGUUGGAGUCCCUUAGACCUGCCCUAUGUCUUAUCAUAGAGUUUAGGAGUUACAGGGAAGAGUGCUUGGAUAAAUAUAAAUAAAUAACAUUACUAACAUGACAAAUGAAUUAGUCUAGGUUGAAACGUUUAGUGAGACACCAGUGUUUGUAGUAUUUUGUAAAUUUAUUUUAAGUUAAGUUGAUGAUAAUUACAGGCGAUUGUUUCUGCAUGUUAGAGGCAUCAGUAUUUUUUUUGAUAGCUUUUUGUAUUUAUUUUCUUUUUUCCUAGAGGACAGCUUAGCUUUGAUAAGUGCACCAAGUUGGGAAUAAAUGUUCUUAAUAAUUUUAUGAUUUUACUAGAACUUUCAAUAGGUUUUUUGCACAAUUAUUUGAUCUGGUUGAAGAAAGCUCCUAUGAAUCAUGUUAUUCUGCCUGUUAUUUUGGUCAGCUGAUUCGAUUAAUUUUACAUCAGCAUAGUUUUACUUUUGAAUAGAAAUAUCCCAAACACUAUAAGCUGAUAAAAUAGUCAGUGUUGACAUCAAUUUAGGUUUAACCGACACAAAAUAUAAUGCAGCGAGUUGGAAGAUAACUGACAAUAAAACUAAAGUAUGUAGAAGUAGAGUUAUUGCUUGUUGCAGAUAUAACAAUUUGUAAUGAAUGGAUGACCUUGUUAACGAUUCACCAAAUGUUAACAUAAGAAAGUAUGAAGGUAAACUCUGGUAGCUUGCAAUUAUCCCAUGUUGGCAUUUCUUCACUCAGGUGUUCAUAAACGGCAAGUACUUCACAACCUACAAGUAUAAAAUAAACCCCGACCGAAUCACUCAUAUCAUGAUGAAAGGGGACUGCAACUUCUUUGAGCCUGAGUUCUAUAAUCUUUUGUUUACUUCUUAAGAUCAAAAGUCUUUCUUUGAUAAGUGAGCUUCCAAACCGAUAUUGCAGUUGUGACUUUUGUAAUUUACUUGUAAAAUUGAAAUGUCCAGCUGAGAAUCAUAUUAUUUUAAAAUGUAUUAUUUUUGUUUUAAAAAAACUUUGUUUAUUUAUUGGAUACAUGAUACAACUUUCAAAUCAAACCGUAUAAUUUAUCAAUCUUUGUUGCUAUGAUUUUAAAUGACUUGCACUGUUACAAACUGUGAUUUUUAUAGAUAUUUGCAAUGGGAAUGCAACUUAUUAAGUUAAUAUAUUGAAUGUAUACAAUAUUGGAUACAUUAAAAAAAACUUUUAGCAUUCCUGGGCAAGUGAUUUUAUUUAAAAUUUGUGAUCUGAAUGACUUACUCUUAUUAUAUCAUCAUGUUUUAAUUUUGUGUAGUUUAUAGACUAAUGCUGGUUUGUGUAAUGGUUUUUAAUAUUAUGUAGCUAAAAACUCAACUGCAAGUAGUUUAAUGAAUACUUUUAUAAAUCUAUGUUUGUUUACACUACGCCUAGUAUGACACCACCCUGUAUAUUUUUAAUAAUGUAACAACUUUUAAUAAAGGACAUUCUUCAGAGUGUAACCAAUAUUUCAUUGUAUUUAUAAAUUAUCACAAACAAAAAUGAUAUAUUUAAAAAAAAUGUUCAAUCAUUAAGGAUAAAAUGAGAAGUACUAAUGUAGAAUAUACCAGUCAGAAUUUUAAUUCAUAAAUGCUAGAAAUAUAACUCAUAUCUAAAAGCUUUUAUUCAUGUGUAACAUGCUAGCUGCCUUUAUUAAGGACUUAAAUUAUAACAAUGUACCUCAAAGAAUAAGUUGAAAAGUUAAACAAAUAUUUUAUUUACUGUUGAUUUCCUCAAAGAUUUAAUGAGAUAUUUGUUUCUCCUUUUAAGGAGCAAAUAUUUCUAGGAUCAAAGUUUAAACACCAAUGCCAAUGUGACAAGCAAACUAGCCUUUAGCUCAAACUUGUCUGCUCACUGCUGAAUGUUUAUACACUUUUUUUAUGCACUGCAACAUGGUGUGAAUUUAUAAAUGUUGCACAUAUCUGAAUCUACAAAAUGAAAUACUUCUUUGUCAUUCUUACUUAAAACUUGUUACAAAUUAAAUUAUGUGGCACUAAUUUACAGCAUCUGUUUAAGAAAUAGUGGGACAAAUUUUUUAAAAUCUAAAAUGGAACAACUUUAUGAGUCAGUGAUUGAUCACAUUCAUUUUGCUAUUGAAAAUUACAUUGUUUGAUUAUAUUUUACAAAGAAAAGUAUUCAGAGAUAUGAUGGUCUUUUUCAAUUUUGCUUUAAAUAUUGUAAUCUGCUCCAAUAAAAUUGUGUGAUGAAGGCGGUAACUUGUUAAAACUUUUAUUUAUUUCACACAAGUUUUUUUUUGCUUAACCCAGCUGGCUUUUAGCUAAUAAUAAUUUUCUCCCACUCUCCUUUACUUAUUGUUUAAUGACAGUUUAAAUUAUGUGGCAGGCAUGCACAACAUUCGGCCCGUCCACUUUGCGAUCCACGAAGUAAUAAAAUAUUCUUUAUUAUUAUUUUCUUAAUAGCUUCCCCCCUUGUCCCAUUAUCUUUCGGCUCGCACAAGUUUUUCAUAAACGGCCCACCUUACAUUUUGAGUUGUGAAGGCUGUUAUAUGGUAAUGAAAUUCCCUUCAACUGUACAUAAAAAACAAGAAACAGGGAAGUGGGGGUUGAAGAGAUCAACAAAAAAAGGAAUGUUUUUGUGUUUAAUUUAAUAUUUGAAAAUUCAUGUAUUCACUUAUGUAAACUAAAAAUGCUUUUCAGAGAAAUGUACACAAAACAAAUUUAUAUUUUUAAUUAUAUUAAUACAUUAUUGAAUGGUUAUAUCUAUUAAACAUCCAUUAUUAUGUUAAUGAUUAGCUUCAUUCAAAGCGCUUUAAUGACAAAAGAUUAAAUUAAUGUAUCUCCUGUUUCCAAACCUUUUUGAUAUUACAUAACUAAUAAUUUAUUUUUAGAGGCAUGUUUUAAAAAAUAUAGUUGCAGUGAAAAGCAGCAUCCACAAGCUUAUGUUUUAUGAUAAGAUGGAUUAUUUUAUAAUUUAUUUUCCCCAACUAUUAUUCUCCUAAAUUUAAAAAAAAAAUUUGAUCAAUGUGGUUGAAAAGUGCUGAAAAAAGUCAAAUGUUAUGAAUUUAUGUUACAGAGAGAAUUAGAAUUAAAUGUAUACAUUUUACAUGAAAACAGUCCAGUCAGAAUCUGAAAUGUUUAAAAUCUAAAUUUUACAGUCAUUUAUUAUUAAUAUGAAAGUAUUUUAAAUAUUGAUUGGAACCAUUGCAACAGCAGGUACAAUCUGAAAAGGGCUCCCAUUAAAAAAAAUAUAUUAAUUAGUGGAUGUAUCCUUCACUUUAGGAAACCAUGGCAACCAUAAACCCUCAAAAUCUCUUUGAAUUAAAGUGAAAUUUUGUUGUACUCCUAUGAAAUUUCUUUUUGUGUCUCCCUGUGUCUGUUAGAAAAAAAACUGUGACACAGUGAAGUCUGUGAGCUGAAACAUGUUGGACUUGAUGUGAUACAAAAUACAGGAUGAAUUUACAAAAGUGGCACACUUUGAUCCCACAUUGACAUUUAAAAAAAAAAAAACCUAUGUGUUAAGAUUGUUUCCAACAUGAUUUACUACUCAUCAUCGGUUCAAGAGUGAAUGUACCAUACAGAUCACCCACCCCAGGCCAAUGCAAUAAGUCCAUCAUGGGGUGAAUGAAGGUUGUAACCACUUCUUAGGGUCAAUAUUAAGUUAGGUUCUUAACAUAAAGCUAUAAGCAAAGCAUGAAGUAUACCAUGUUUUAAUUGUAAUAUUUAAUAUGAUCUGAGAUUAAGUAAACAAACCUAGCCAUUUUUUUAGUCUACUUCCUGUUCAACCAACAUUUUAUGAUGGUUUAUUGAGUUAAAUCAUAACAUCUAUUAUGGACAUGGGUUCCCUGUCUCAUCCAUUUAUGUUAGCUUAAGAAGUAAAAACAAUCAUUAACUGAGCCAUUUUAUAAGAUCAAGCUUGAUGGAAGAACAUCUAGAUGAGGUUGCAUAGUUAUGUUUGUGUCAUGAAACAUAAUACAAUCCAGCUGUCUAAAAAAAAAAUUAAACAAAAUUAAAAAUCAUACAAGAUUAAAAUUUUAAAUUAAAAAAAAAACAGGCUUCAGUAAGAUGAACUAUGUAGUCAAAUAUCAUUAUGCAUAUAUGGUCACACCAAGCCCUUUCAUUACAGGGUCGCACCAAGCUCUUUCAUUACAUAGGCCAGCGGUUCUCAACCUGUGGGUCGCUUCCCCUUUGGGGUUUGAAUGACCCUGACACAGGGGUCGCUUAAGACCAUCGGACAACACAUAGUGAAGGGGCAACAAAAAUAAUUUUAUUGGUUGGGGUCGCCACAACACGAGGAACUGUAUUAAAGAGUAGCGGCAUUAGGAAGGUUGAGAACCACUGACAUAGACAAAUAUCAAGAUUAUUGAAUCCUACAAGAAAGUUGAUACGAAGGAAAUUAGGGAAAUACUAUUAUCAAUAUAAUUAAAAUUAUGAGUACCCUUGACUUGUAGAUAGUAGUACACUGUGUUCCUGUUAGCUGUAGACUGAGCUCAUUUUCAUUAAGAAUGCCUAGCUUCAAUGUACUAUACAGCUUAAUUAAGUUAUCAAUUAUAAAUAUAACUAAAUAACCUUUGAAGAAUAAAAAAAAAAGUUAACUAUUUUUAAAGUUUAAAUUUAUUUUUAAAGUUAAAUAUUUUUCAGCCUCACCUCAAUUAAAACGUAUCACACAGUUCACUAUGCAAAGAGUGUAGAAUGGCAUUGAGUGUAGAAUGGCAUUGGUUACUUGGGAAAUAUUUUAUUUUACUCCUGAUAUCUUUUACUUAAUAAGUCAUUUUUAAAUGUAUGAUUACAUUCAUUACCUUAUUCAGCAAUAUUUUUCCUUGACAUCAAGUUAAUAUUAAUAGCUUCAGCAAUAGUUAUUGCAAAAAGUAGUUUUAAAGGGCUUUUAAAAAAUGGUUUCAAAGGUUGUGACAUGCAUUUAUUUCAAAUGAAGCUACAGUAUUGCAAUCCAUAAUUGUUCAGAUCUAAGAUUAUAC